CGAACAUUCAGUUGAGCCAGUAAACAGGUAAGUAAGGAAAGGUCCAAAGGUCCAACAGAAACUGAAGCUUAACGGCCAUUUUAAAAACGGAGGAGGAAGAAACCCUAGGAAAGAAGGAGUAAAAUUAAAUGUAAAAAAACGGAGUAAACAGUCUGUUGUGGAGUGGAACUGAGGUAAGAGAAGCUGAAGGUAAAGGGCUGCGGGGAGGAAUGGGAAUCUGCAGGUAUAAUCACAUUAACCCGCGUAAUUCAGAAAAACGUAUAACUGGCAAUAAAAUAGUGAGUUAAAUGCGUAGCCCAACAAGCUAAGAGCUCAUACAGAAUCCAAACAUACCGUUUAGACCAGAAAGUAAUUUUAAAAAAUAACCUUUAAAAGAAAGUUUACUUCAGUUUUUUGAUAUUCCAUGACCACUUCUACCACGUGAGGAGGUAGCCUAGUGAGACGGACGUCACAGGAUUUGUCGCUUGUUGUUGAUAUUUUUACACUUACUGCAUUAUAAACCCUGAUUUUGUUUUUAAUUAAACAAUUAAGGGGUUGUUACUUUUUUUUCAUGUUUUAGAGGAAAUAAUUCCCAUUAGCCUACUAAACAAAUUAAGUGGUUUGCAAUAUUGAGGAAAAAUAUACAGUGGAGUGAUUAUGUUAGGCAGAGAUUACUCUAUAUGAUAUCAUUUUACUCAUAGUCGGACACCCUCCAGAACACGGACACGCUCCCUUGCGGCGUUCGUCCCGUCCUUUUUAUUGAAAAUUUCGAAAAGACGUGGGGUUUGGAAGUAGCCUAGGUGUCCGGUAUUUAGGGUAAUUAAACUACCUUUGUGUGAAAUUUCAUGUCCAUCCAAACAUAUAUUAAUAUAUUUACGACGACUUUAAUAAACAUUACCCUGUUCGAGUGAAUAAAAUGUGGCAAUUCGGCACUGGAUGACGAUCUCGCUACAGUUUACUGUCUACUCUCGCAGGCUUUGACUGGAGGUGUCCAUCUCUCUUUGACUAGGCUAACCGACGAAGGUCUUCUAGUUUUCCCACUAGAAAAAAAAAUAAGGUUAGCUGACCUUACAAUUCCUGUAUGUAUGUGUUUGUGACAAGUUGUGUUGUAUGUCAAGCUGCUUAUAUAUCGGGUGAACGGACAAGGAAGAACGCAGGCACUUAUUAUUACGCGAAAAUUGCGAAAAAGCGUUCACCUACAGGUCUGCCAAUUUGGGUCAGAACCCACUUGUGAAUCUGAUCUGGUGUGUUCAGGUGUCCUGAGACAGGGGGUGCUGUUUCUAAAAUGAGUUCCUUAGAGGAGACCGAGACUGACGAUGGAACCCACGGCCUUGUGAGAAAGAGGGUCCAGGUGGAUAGGGCUGGAUCACCUGCACCCAGCUGUCUGUCUAUGAAGAGUGACCGUUCAAUGAAUCGUCCAAACUACUUCAGUGGAGAGUUCACAGGUGAUCAAAGGGUCCAGGUAGAUCGUGCUGGGUCACCUGUACCCAGCUGUCUGUCUAUGAAGAGUGACCGUUCAAUGAAUCGUCCAAACUACUUCAGUGGAGAGUUCACAGGUGAUCAAAGGCUCCAGGUAGAUUGGGCUGGGUCACCUGUACCCAGCUGUCUGUCUAUGAAGAGUGACCGUUCAAUUGAUUUUCCAAUCAACUUCAGAGGAGAGUUCAGAGGUGAUCAAAGGAUUCACUGCUCACUGGAUUUAUGUCGUUCAGAUGAGAUGAGUUCAGAGAAUCUGUUCUCCACAAAACAGGGCUCUCCGGUCCAGAGAGGAGCAGUUCCUGCACCAGACGGUGAUGUUCCCCAGCAGGAUUCUCUCAGUGGUUGCAGAGUAGAAGGUUUUCAGGAUCUUCUUGGAGACUCUGAACUUCCUCAGCUGUCUGAGGUGAUACAGGCUCUGCCUUGCCUUUCUUACCACAGUGUCGGUGUGCAGUGUCCAUGUCAGAUCCUCUGUGAUGUGGACACCGAGGUACUUGAAAUUUCUCACCCUCUCUACCGGUGACCCAUUGAUCUGUAGAGGGGUGUCGGUCCUCAGCCGUUUCUUCUUACAGAAGUCCACCAUCAUCUCCUUGGUUUUGCUGACGUUCAGGAAGAGACGGUUGUCCUGGCCCCACAGUGACAGGUCUGCCACCUCUUGGAGAUA